AUCACAAUAACGUAGUUGUUGUAAUCUGUGUUACAAACCAUGAAAAACAUUUUUUUAAACGUUUGCAGAUUUAGAAGUGAAAGUUAUUAAUUAGUUAGUAGUAAUUAUUAUAAAAUAAAUGUCAUGACUACAUCCAGAGUUAUACGCGGCACUAGAGCCAAAAUAUUCCUCUACAUCUGUGCUCUUUUGAUCAUUGUGGGCAUAAUAGCCUGUUACAAUAAUACUCUUUCACAGCUAGACGAUGUAAAGAAGUCCAAUGAUAUAUGCCAUCAGCAGGAAGAGAAUUUGUCCACCCAACUUCAAGUCAUUUCAGAAUACAAGCAGCGUCUAGAGAAGAGCCUAAAGACUGAGAAAGCCGAUCAUCAACAGGCCUUAUCGAAUCUCGAAGACCAGUUGAAAGAAGAAAGGAACAAAAAUGAGAAGUAUUCAAGUGAAUCAAAAAUGAAGUUCUCGUCGCUACAGCAACAUUUCAAUCUGCUGCAGACUGAAUACGAUGACUUCAAAGAAGAAACUAGCAAAGCCCAGAAACAGCAACAAGAAGAAAUAAAUACUCUACAAGCCAAACUGAAAGAAGUUCAGGAAGAAUUGAAAAAAGUCAAAGCUUCCAAGGAAAGUCUGAAGUCGGAAUAUAUGGAACUUCUGACGGAAAAGGAACAUUUUGAGAAAGAGGCUCAAAGAAACCAGAAUGAUAAUAAUGACUUUGAGAGCAAUAUUAACCAUUUGACACUUGAAAAUGACGAGCUCAAACGAGAAAUUAAGCAAUUGAAGGAGAGUUGUUCAAGAAAUCAAGACACCCUCGCGGAACCGAGAGUUUUUUCUGGUAUAUCUUCUCCAAAAAGCACCGACAAAGCGGCACAACUUAAUCCGCCAGACAACAGCGCUGCGAAUGUCCUACAGAGCGAAGAAAAGCAAGAGAACAAUGUCCUCGCCUUGCCUGAUGGGGAUAACAAAGACAAAAUGGCAUCUUCUAGUUCUUCAACCAAAGCUGGCCUGAAACCUUCGCAAGCCAGUUUGUCAGGUGCUAGACCCAUACUGAGCCCCACCGUUACUCCUGAAACUCUGGCAAAAAAAGGUGUGUUGAUGGUGCCGGAGAAAAAAAAAUUGCCAGAUGGAGUCGUGGCAGUACCAGAGAGGAAAGAGCAUAACGAUCAACCGGAAAUUAUUAAUGCUCGCUAUCAGAAUGCAAGGGAAAGCGCCAAGGAGCAUGCCGAUGAAAAAGCUGUGAGGGAAGAAGAAAAUGAAAAUGGCGCUCAUGAAGUUUUUGACUCACGUGAUGAUCACGUGAAACACGCGGAAAAACAGCAUUUCGAUAAGCAACAUAUCGAUACCCUCGGCAACGAAAGGGACCAGGACCAGCCGGACUAUAAGGACCUGCAAAACGAUGUGCAGCUGGAAGAAAACGAGGAAGACGGUAAGAAUGAUGGGGAUGGAUAUGACGAUCACAUAGCUAGGCAAAAAGAUCCUGCGGUGAGAAAUUAACAUCAUCAGUGGAUCGUUCAAAUUGUUCAUCGAUUUUCUGGAAUCCAGAAAACUUUAUUAUAAUUCGUGCAUAGUAAUGCACUGUUGAAAAUUCGAAAGCAAUUUUACUUAAAUUCAGUAUAUUUUGUUGUCAUCUCGAACAUACUAACAAAGAUACUUGCUAGGUUGUAGAUGUUUCUUCGAAUCAUAAAUGUUUGUAUUACCUGCUUGAGCUAGUUUUUGAAAAAUUUUCAUUUAGAUUUACCUAUUUUUGAAAACCGGAACCUAAAUGCCAGACAUGGCUUUUUUGACCCGCUGUAGAUCUCGUCAGUGAUGCUAGGCUGAACCACGAUGCAUUACUGGACUCAACUGUCUUUAAAAGCCAAGCUUGAGUACAAAAAAUAGAUGACAUCUUCACUUACGAAGACGCCAUCUGUGGGAUUCAUAGAGAACUCAAAUCUUCAAAUAUCAAAGAUGCACGAUGCUUCCUACGGCAGUCACUUGCGAAGCCGGGCUUCGACAUCAACCGCCGAUAAGAUUCGUCCUCUGUCUCCACUACAAGGCAACUAGCUGAAUAUCAGAGCUGAAGCACAAAACAUUUAUGAUUUAACACCAGACAGCGCUGUUACGACCCACCAAAAGUCGCAGCAGUGGUGCUAGGCUGAACCACGAAUGCAUUGCUGGACUCAUCUGUCCCUGAAGAACAAGCCUGAUUAAGAAAAAACGAUGACGCCUUCUAUGGGAUCGAUAGAGAACUAAAUCCUAGAAUAUCAAUGAUUAUCGAGAUUCGAGACACACAAAGAUACAUUGGGAGACAUAUUCUGAAUGACAAAAAAGACGGUGUCAUUUCCCAUCUUUUCUAUUUUUGUCUAUGUCAAUUCAUUGACACUUUAUUGUGAGAUUAUUAACACAAGAUACAAUUUUGAUUAAAUUGAAUGUAAAAAAAUGAAAAAAAAAAGUCGAGUGGCAAAGGAAGAAGAAUCUGCAGCAUGUGAUUGUGAAGAGAUAUGAGUUCCCGAACACUCAGUUUUUUGACUCGCGUAUUCUCAAAAGUAGGCCAAGUCUCGACUUGAUUCGUGAUCGCAAAUACGUAAGCCUUUUUUCGAAAAUUUGCUCAAAGCGGUACAACUACUUUGCUAAUUCAUCAAAUUGGCUCUUCUCUCUUUCCAAUACCUGCCUUUAGGUUUUUUGCUAUUCCUCCACACCAAACCGAUCCACUUCUGUGAUAACAGGUCCUCUCUUCUUUUCCUAUAUUUUGGCAAGCCUUGCUUCUGAGUUUCAAGCAACCCAUUGAUCAUGAAGUUCCUAACGGAUACAAUUUUUCUGCUUUAGAGUGUACCCAACUUUUGAAUUAAAUUUUAAUUUGGGUAUAUAGUCAGAUUUUUAGACUUGUUUUCGAUUCAGGAAGCUUGGCUCUUAACUUGAGACCCUUUCUCUAUUUUCAAUAAGUUAAUGUAUCAUUUUAUAUGAUCAAAUACUUUAUAGGUGCAAUUUUUGGUGCAAUGUUUCAGUGAAAAUCUUGCCCCUUUCUGAAACUUCGUUUAUUCACUAAGACUUGUAUAUAGGAAAGUAUUUGUAAACCAUGCCGUGAACUUGAGACGUUUGUUGAAGUGAAAAUUCUACCAGAAAUAUUGGUGAAGGGCCUGAAAUUGCUACAAAUCUUUCGGGUUUUUUUUUUGAUUAAUGAAAUGCCUAUUAUGUUAGUACGAGACUGAGAGCCUGAAUAAUUUGGGCAACUUUUGAAAUUUGACGUCUAUUUGCCUUGUCUUUUCAUUCCAACAAACUCACAAAGCAUCAAUUAUCGUAAUCCUUUUCGAAAAUUCAAAAGGACGAAUCAAAUUCUCUAUUAUUUAUUUUCGUGUGAAUUUUUAUGUUUGCCAUCUAGUAUUAUCACAACUUAUUUUUUUCUAAUGUAUAUGCGAAAUCAAUUGUUUCCACGGGAAAUUAUUUGUUGACUAGGUGAUGAUGUCAGUAGUAUAUUUCAGUUGAAUGCAUCGGACAUAUAUUUACUGUUAGAUUUUUAUAUUGUUUUAUAUUUGUAUGUGUUAUAUUCUGUAUGUACAUUAAAGUCUCGAUUCUUC